AGCUCUACAAAAAUGGUGGUUACCGAGACAACUUCCAACUCCAAUGAGCACCUCCACUCCGCCUUCGCAUCCAGAUACGCGCGUACUCCUCUCCCACGGUUUCGGAUUCCGGCUCAAUCGAUGCCCAAGGAUGCGGCGUAUCAGAUAGUGAACGAUGAGCUGAUGCUGGACGGGAAUCCGCGCCUUAAUUUGGCUUCAUUUGUGACGACCUGGAUGGAGCCGGAAUGCGAUAAGCUAAUGAUGGCCUCCAUUAAUAAGAAUUAUGUCGACAUGGAUGAGUAUCCUGUCACCACCGAGCUUCAGAAUAGAUGUGUGAAUAUGAUAGCUCAUCUUUUCAAUGCCCCCAUCGGUGAAGACGAGACAGCCAUUGGUGUGGGUACUGUGGGCUCCUCAGAAGCCAUAAUGCUUGCAGGUUUGGCUUUCAAAAGAAAGUGGCAAGCGAAGAGAAAAGAACAGGGCCUACCAUGUGAUAACCCGAACAUCGUUACUGGAGCUAAUGUGCAGGUUUGCUGGGAAAAAUUUGCAAGGUACUUUGAGGUAGAACUGAAAGAGGUGAAGCUAAAGGAAGGAUUUUACAUAUUGGAACCACAUGAAGCUGUGGAAAUGGUGGAUGAGAACACAAUCUGUGUUGCAACAAUUCUAGGUUCGACGAUGACAGGUGAAUUUGAGGAUAUAAAGCUCCUGAAUGACCUCCUGUCGAAAAAGAAUGAGGAAACUGGAUGGAACACCCCAAUUCAUGUCGAUGCUGCCAGUGGAGGAUUUAUAGCCCCGUUUCUUUACCCGGAUCUCGAAUGGGAUUUCCGGUUGCCACUGGUAAAGAGUAUCAAUGUGAGUGGUCACAAGUAUGGGCUUGUUUAUGCAGGUGUUGGGUGGGUUAUAUGGAGGAGUCAGGAGGAUUUGCCAGACGACCUUGUGUUUCACAUUAACUAUCUUGGAUCUGAUCAACCAACAUUUACAUUAAACUUCUCCAAAGGCUCCUGCCAGAUAAUUGCUCAGUACUAUCAAUUCAUAAGACUCGGCUUUGAGGGCUACAGAAACAUCAUGGAGAACUGCCAAGAAAACGCGAAGAUGCUCCGAGAGGGACUCGUCAAGACAGGGCGAUUCGAGAUCAUUUCCAAAGAUGUCGGAGUUCCAUUGAUUGCAUUCUCUCUCAAAGACAGCUCCAGGUACAGCGUCUUCCAGAUCGCCGAGUCCCUCCGAAGGUUCGGAUGGAUAGUUCCCGCAUACACCAUGCCUCCCAACGCCCAGCACAUCACUGUUCUUCGCGUUGUCAUCCGCGAAGACUUCAGCCACAGCCUCGGCGCAAGGUUCCUAGUCGAUAUCAACACUGUCAUCGAGGAAUUGGACGUAAUGCCUCCUCGCAAACCACCGAUUAUUACACCAGAUCAAGAUAAUCAUGGACGCAGUAAGAAAGCUGCCGAAGCCAGAGCUCGCUGGAAGAAGAUCGGUACGGAGGCCGCCAUUAGUAGCUUCUGGAGCCGGAUAUCGCACAACAAAACCAGCAGCGUGUGCUAG